CUCUCUCACUCGCACUCCCUCAUUCUCGCUCUGUUGCCAAGGCUACCGCAGAGCCUCUUGCUUCAUAUACCUAGAUGAAGCUGCCGCCUGUGGAUCUUACUCUGCUCCAGGAUACAAACAAUAGCGAGCCCAUCACAAUUGUCAUGGCUCUUUCUCACACGCAAACACGCACCGCUUAAGUCCCCGCGGCUUCUGCCAGCCUCGCAUGUGUCUUUCACCGUGUCACCGUCGGUCUGUCUCAUCCUCGCGUGCGAGCGAGCAUCAUCUCCAGCAGACGGAGGAGCGGCAAAGGAAUUGGUAUUUGGCUGCUGCUCUUUGGCUCAGAGGGAGAAGAGCACCAGAUGGCCAUUUGAAGGAGAGCUCAGUCAGGUUGCUGCUCAAUGGCCAACAUUGACUGGUUGGCGCAAGAUACAAGAUUUCUCUUCAUCAUGUGAUCUGACUCCCACGCCAUCCUUUCCUUCGGUCUACCUUAAGAGCCUUCUCUCAACAGGAGGAUCAUGACCCUCCGCCUGAGCAGCUCCACCCGCUCCCACACCGAGGACUCCAUCUUCCUCAGGCCUGAUGAGGACCCCGUUUGGCUGGAUGAGCCCACAAAGACAGGAAAGAGAGUUGAUGGAGCCACUAAGACGGAAGGCUUGCUAGGAAGCAAAGAUGGAAGCACGGAGGGGAAAAGUUCACAAAAAGAAGUCUUUUUGCACAAAGUCUACGCAUUGGUGGUUGAGUUCCACUACUGGGUCGCCCUCUUUUUUGUCUCCCAAGUCACGGGGUACUGGAUGUUCUUCGUGGUGGAAGGAAAUGGGCCAUUUGCCUCUAUCUAUAAAGCUCUCCAGGUCAUCGACUUCUGUCUCGGGUUUGUCUUACCCUCCCACCCGAUAUUCGGAAUGGACUCCGUGGCGCUGAGGCAUGUGGUAAACACGACACAGCAAGCAUGGAUCCUCUACGUCACUGCAGGCAUUGGCGUGGCCAUCUGGGUUUUUAUGGUCAUCCACAUGGUGUGUAGGUGGCGUUACGGCACUGGCUUAUGGUCAUCGGGAAACACUUCAUGGGACAUUGGAGAUAGACGUCAAUCUGUGAGCCGCCAGCCCUCCUUCACCCUGUCAGAGUGGACGGAUGCCCAAGAGGACAUGAUGGAUCUGGAUGCUGUGCCUCAGACUCCAGUCUUUGAAAUAGGAACUGACAUCAACAAGCCAGAGGGAGAUGCGGCAACUCUCACAGUCACACCAGUGGGGCUUCAGGAGAGGAGAGGCUCCAAUGUUUCACUGACCUUGGACAUGUGUACACCGGGCUGCACGGAGCCUUACGGCUACGGAGCGCAGCUUUCCCCUAGAGACCAGUCAGCCCAAGAGUACCUCCGGCAGGGAACACACAUCCUCACCCCUGCCAUGCUACACACACGGGCCAUGGAUGACCAGAGCCUGCAGGCUGAGUUCUAUGAAACGCCCAUGAACUUUGUGGAUCCUAAGGAGUACAACUACCCAGGGCUUGUGAGAAAGAACCGCUACAAAACCAUCUUACCCAACACACACAGCCGAGUGAUUUUAAAAUCACAAGAGGAAGACGAUUUCCUCACUACAUAUAUCAACGGCAAUUAUCUCAAAGGUUAUGGGGGUGAAGAGCGUGCUUACAUCGCCACGCAGGGUCCAACGGUUAACACGGUGGGGGACUUCUGGAGGAUGGUGUGGCAGGAGAGGACCCCAAUCAUUGUGAUGAUCACUAACUUGGAGGAAAAAAAUGAGAAAUGUGCCGAGUACUGGCCUGAGGACACUGUGACCCACGAGGAGAUUGAAAUCACUGUUGUUACGGUUACACAGGAGGACGACUACAGUCUGAGGGUGUUUGCGUUGAAGUGUGGAGAUGAGGAGCGGAGUCUGCGGCAGUACUGGUACACCUCAUGGCCUGACCAGAAGACUCCAGACAAAGCGCCACCUCUUUUGGAACUAGUCCAGGAAGUGGAAAGAGCCAGGGAGGAGGCCCCACCCACUAGUGGACCUAUAAUUGUGCAUUGCAGUGCUGGAAUCGGUCGGACUGGCUGCUUCAUUGCCACUUCCAUCCUGUGUAAGCAGCUAAGGAUGGAGGGUGUGGUUGACAUCCUUGGAACUACCUGCCAAUUGCGCCUGGACAGGGGCGGGAUGAUCCAGACAUGUGAGCAGUACCAGUUUGUACAUCACGUCCUCAGCCUCUAUGAAAAGCAACUGUCUCACGCCUCUGAAGAGUAGUGCUUGCACCCCAGCCAUGCCCACACCGAGACACGCCACUGUACACUGUACCGCUUCUGGCGGUAUGCACCACUGUACCAAGCAUUAUGUCAUAUGUCACCCUUUAAAAAAAGGUCACAUCACCAUCUUCAUCAAUGACAGGCUCGCUCAUGCAGGCUUCUUGAACAGUAACCUGUAAUUGUUCCAAAAAUAAAGCAGGCAUGUCAACUUCUACAUAAUGAUCCUACUUACCCAAAAUAUUCUCAUAUGCCAUCCUGAGGUUAUUACAUUUAUCUGCAUGAGACACCACAGACUCAUUAGCUAGCAUCCGGCGCUGGUGUGUGCAUUUAGGGUUAAAAACCGGAUACAGGCAUUUAUUGGAAUUACCGGUAAUAGGAAUUACUGAAAAUCUACCAAAAUAAAUGGAAAUUAAUUUUAGAAUGGGCGGCCCGGUAGUCCAGUGGUUAGCACGUCGGCUUCACGGUGCAGAGGUACUGGGUUCGGUUCCAGCUCCGGCCUCCCUGUGUGGAGUUUGCAUGUUCUCCCCGGGCCUGCGUGGGUUUUCUCCGGGUGCUCCGGUUUCCUCCCACAUUCCAAAAAUAUGCAUGACAGGCUGAUUGAACACUCUAAAUUGUCCCUAGGUGUGAGUGUGAGCGUGGAUGGUUGUUUGUCUCUGUGUGCCCUGUGAUUGGCUGGCAACCAAUCCAGGGUGUCCCCCGCCUACUGCCCGGAGACAGCUGGGAUAGGCUCCAGCACCCCCCGCGACCCUAGUGAGGAUCAAGCGGUACGGAAGAUGAAUGAAUGUAUGAAUAAUUUUAGAAUUAGGAAAAUAAUCAUAUUCAUGUUAAAUGUUGAAUUUAUGGCAAACUGAAAUGUAAUUGGAUUUUCAAAAAUGCAGUUUUAUGUAGUUUCAACACAGAUUGGAUGAAACAACAAGUCACUCAUUAUUUGAAGUCAAAUGUUUUUUUUUUUGUUUUUUUUAGAAUUUAUUUAUUUUGCUGUAUAUCUACUUAUGAUAACAGAAAAUGUUAUGUCAUUAUUAUUAUUUUUAAAUAAAAGUACUCCAAAUUUCCUGACAAUCACAAGCAUGAAGAGUGUCCAACAGUGUUUUCAGAAUUCUUUAGCUGGACUUCCUAUAUUUUUUUUUUUAAUGAAUUAAAAACGAGCACUACCAUAUCACAGCAUUACAUUUACACAAACUCUUGCUUGGUGAACUUUUUCCAUCAUGUCUUAUUCUUAUGAUUUUUAAAGAAACACACACACUGUCCUGUUUCUGUAUUUGAUACAUUCAGGAGCCACCUCAUCUUCAGGUUGCAUGGUGCUAAGUGUUCCUUCAAGGCAUGUGCAAUGUAAUGGAACAAAGGAAUGUAAAACAGUUAGGUUAUUAUUGAACUAAUUAGGAUUUUUGUGCAACCUACAGUACACUAGUUCGACCAUGCUGCCUGUGCAGUUCUCAUGGUUCAUGAUGUUUACCAUGUUAAGGCCACAUCAACAAACUAUUAGAGUCUUCACAGAGCCAGCAAGGUUUCGCGGGAGCCGCAGCUCAAGCCAAAUGCUACGUGUUUAGAAAGACCUUCUGUGCUUAUGAAUAUCCCGUUUAUGUUGUGCUCCUUCGAGCCACUUGCUCUGUGAUGCCUCUGCUCUCAAUCGUAGCUUCAACACAUGCGUAAAGUUAGACACCCAUGAUUGUUGUAUAGACAGGUCUAGCCGAAUCUGUGUGAAGCACAAUAUAACAACUAAGGUUAUCAAUCUUAUGUUCCGCUGUAAAGCUUUUUUUUUCUUUCCUGUAUCGUUUAACGGAUUGCAUGUGCUGUAUGGGACUCCGUAGGUCCACAAUCAAAGCGACGUGAUGGGUUGUCCUGCUUUUUGUUGUGUAAAAUGGCGUGAAAGCCUACUAUAUUGCUUGCUCUCAGCCAAUGCUUUUGAUACAGUUUGCUUUUUGUGAAACCAACCAGAGAUAUUUUUAGAACAUUUUGAUACAAUCCUUUUGUGUAGAUGCCUUGUGUGCAUUUUCAUCAACACCAUUAUGUACAUACAUAGGUCAUACUGUGAAUUAUGACGAACAUAAAUUUUUAUUGCAAGAUUGAAGACAGAACAAAAUGUGACAAGCUAUCUUACAGUACACCAAAAUUAAUUAUGUUCGGUCUUCAGCAGUAUUAUAUUCUGUACUUAAGCUUUGCUCUAAUAUGCUUUGCUGUUUGUGUUAGUUUUUACUAUUUUGUUUUUCAGAGAAUUUUACCUCAGACUGAGUAACACAGUCCCCAGUGCAGUCCAUCUUGGACUCUCAAACACAUCAAAAUGAAUUGCUAUGUGCAAGGCAGCUAAAACAGUUCAGACCUACAUAUUUUUCCUUUAAAAAAAGGCUAAAUCUGUUGCAACGAUAGAAUUGAAAGUGUUGAUCCCAGCAAAAUGACAUUUCUGUUUUGUCACUUUACCGAAUACUCUGUGUCUACUGAAAUUCA